AAAAGGGAGUAACAUUUUUCUCAUUCCAAUCAUUUUCUUAUUGGAUUUGUCCGCUUAUAAUAAUGGAGUUAUACUAUUUAUAUCUUUCUAAUCCUAUGCUUCUUCAUUGCCUUACUCACAACUUACACCCACACAAACAAUUUUCUCUCAUCAAUUCAGGUAAUUCACUCUUUCUCAAUUUUGUGUCCCCUCCUUGUCAAAUGACUUGAUUUUUUAAAAAAUAAGAAAAAAAAAGAAAUUAGUAGAGGUGCUCAUGGAUCGGGCCGGAUUUGGGUUGGGCCGCAACAAAAAAAAAUUUGCCCAUUAGCCGGGUCCAGCCUAAAUUUGGGCCGAAUUUUUGUGCCAAAAACUCGCUAUUUCGGGCCUAAAUUAGCGGGCUUUUGCGGGCCAAAAAUGGGCCGAGCCAAAAAAUAGACUAAAAAGUCGAUUUUGGCUUGGCCAAAGCCAAAAAAAAUUCGGGCCGGGGCUGACCGCGGGCCGAAAAAACCCGGCCCAAAAAUGGACCGGGCCAAAAUGAUCACCUCUAGAAAUUAGGAUGUUUUAUUAUCUUUCACGAGGGGGUAAAUUCUAAUAUAUCAUUUAUAAAGAUUGAGAAAAGAGAGGAAUUAAUACAAGGCUCAAUAUAAAAAGGAGAAUAAACCGAGUAACAUUAGCUAUUUAAUUAGUUGAUCAGUUUGCUUCUCCGGAGAUGUGCUUUAUACUCGAAUUUGUUAAGGAGCUUAAGAGAGCGUAGAUGUUUUGAAUAAUGAGAGCUAUUUUCUAUGAUACUUCCUAAAUUCCUUCCAUUACAUUGAUGACUAGAGAUUGUCUCUUUUAAUGAUAAUUAUUUUGGAUGUCUUAACGAGUAGAAUCCUGUUUAUGUAAGACAAAGGCUUUUGUUAUGAAUCGGAAAUAGGAAAAAAUAAAGUCCUUAUGUCGUAAGCUUGAUUAUGUUAAAAAUACGUAUAUAAGGCGUUAUCGUGUUACUAAGAAAUUAUAGGGCGCUGAAUAACAAUCGAGUAGAUUCAUUUCAAUGAGCUUAAAUAUAUUAAUUUUUGAUAAUUUUCACAUAUAUAUAAUUAAAAACUUCAAUAUUUAAAAAUAAGUUUAAAUUAAUAAAAAAAAAUACACAUAAAUUAGGAUAAAUGUUCACAAGUAUAUGGCAAAUUAAUUGAGAUAACAAAGUAAUAAAAUCUCUAUGUCAAAUAAUAGAGCAACUACACUUUUAAAUUCUCUCCACAAACACUUUUAUUUAUUUAUUUUACUUUUUUAAAAGUUGAUUUUUUCUUAGAUAUUUACUUUUCUAAAUCAAUCCCCACCUCAAUUUUUUUAAAAAAUAAUAUAAAAAAAAAAACCACCUUUCUUUCCCUACAUUACAUCCAAAUCAAAAUUAAACCUUUGAAACCCAAAAAAAAUAAAAAUAAACAAAAAAAUUCAAAUCCAAUCCUUCAUCUCCACUCUAUUUCCUCAUCCUCCCAAAUAAAAAUCCAAUCUUUUUCUUCCUCCACCCCCAAAAACCUCCCAUAAUUUUCAACCCCAAAUCAAAUUUCCAACCUUUUCCCUCUCUCUUAAUCAAUCAUUAAUCAACCCCAAAUUACAUUUUCCCCCAAUUCAAAUUCUAAUUUCAUCUAAAAUCACUAAUCACAUUCCUUAAUCAAUCAAUAUUUCCUUAAUCAAUCUCAAUUCCACCCUAUGGAACUUGUUCCAUACUCAGACCCAAACAACCCCUCCACCUCCUCCACCACCUCCCCACCUUGGCAAGACAUGUUUCGCUCCGCAUCGAUCCGUAAACCCACUUCCCCAAACACCCCUCAACCACCACCUACGACGGCGCGUUCACCCCACGCGCCACCUCAAUCUUCUCUCUCCGGCGACCCACAAGUCAAACUCGCCCUAUACAUAGCCAUGGCCCACGCCUUCCUUCUUUUCUCUCUCCUCACCCUCUACGGUGUUUUCCGUCUUCUAGAAGGCUACCUCCGCCCACUUCAGUGGGCCAUCCUCUGCUCUAUCCCCUUACGUGGCAUCCAACAAACCCUUGUGUUAUUCUGGCGGGACCCACUUCAGAAGGGUCUUACUGAAACCAUCUUAGCUGUUCCGGUUGCUAUUUUCAGGGUGUUUGUGGGUACUAUAAUUGAGAUCCGGGAGAUGAUUACCCGGAUCGUUUUCAAGAAUAAUAAGAUCAACACUACUAAUCAAAGCCGUAGUAGUAAACGUAGGAGGAGUGGGUUUUCUAGGUGGUUGAGGUGGCUAUUAUCAUUUAGUAUAUUUGUACUUGUUUAUGAACGUUUUGGGGUUUUGGGUGCAUUUGGAAUUUUGGGAUUUGGGCUUAUGUUUCGUGCUAAUAGUGUAGAGUAUACUAUGGAUGCUGUGUCGAAUUUUAAGAGUUUGAGUUUUAGGAGGAGUAGAGUUAGUGCUUUUUUUACUAGUAGGAUUGUUAAAGGGUUAGAAACUAUUGUUGCAAUUGGUUUGAUUGUUGUUAUGAUUAUUGGGUUUUUAGCUUGUGUUAUAUUCUUUUCUUAUAAGAUUGGGGUUGAAGGUAGGGAUGCGGUUUUUGGGUUGAAGUCUCAUGUUGAGGAGAGUAAUUAUGCUGAGAAGAUUGGGAUUAAGAAAUGGAUGGAUGAGAAUGAUGUUCCGGGGAUGGUGGAUACUUAUACGACUAAGUUUUAUGAGACGGUGUCUGAUCAGAUUGAUGGGUUGGCAAUGCAGUAUAAUAUGACUGAGUUUGUUACUGGGAUUAAGCAUUUUGUGAUUAAGCCUACGAAUGAGUCUGAGCGUUCUACUGAGCUUAUGUCACCUUCUCCUUAUGCGGAGAAGCUUAUUGGUUUGAGGAUGAAGUUUAAGGAUCGAGAGUGGUGGGAUAUUUAUACUGAUAUUGAUGCCAUUGCUAGGGAGUUGAUUGCUAGUCGGGUUGAUUUGGUUGAGAAGGUUAAGGGUUUUGCUGUGCAAGGACUUGAUGUUGCACAACGUGUGUUUUCGAGUAGUAAGUCUGUUCUUGGUGGAGGUGCUAAGUUUAUGUUUACGAUUGUUGCUUCAAUUCUUUCUGGAGCAGCUGGUGUUUUCAACUUUAUUUCUCAAUCGAUGGUGUUCUUUUAUGUUUUGUAUUACCUUAUAACCUCGGAUUCUGGAGGUGUUACUGAGCAAGUGAUGCAAUUGCUUCCUGUCUCAAAUGCAACAAGAACUCGGUGUGUUGAAGUUCUUGAUAAGGCUAUCUCUGGGGUUAUGCUUGCAACAGCUGAGAUUGCUUUUGUUCAUGGCUGUUUAACUUGGCUGCUUUUUAGGCUGUUCUCCAUCCAUUUCUUGUAUAUGUCCACAUUGCUUGCAUUUGUGAGCCCUUUGUUGCCCCUUGUCCCAACUAUCGUGGCAACCAUCCCUGCUGCUGUACAGCUUCUUUUAGAGGGGAAGUGGAUAUUGGCAAUUAUUUUGUCAGUAAUUCAUAUUGUGCUCUUGGAUUAUGGGGCUUCGGAAAUCCUAGAGGAUAUACCUGGUCAUAGUGCAUAUCUUACAGGGCUUAGCAUUAUUGGUGGAAUGACAUUGUUCCCGUCUGCUGUUGAGGGAGCAAUAAUGGGACCUCUAAUCACAACAGUUGUAAUUGCCCUCAAGGACUUGUAUACUGAAUUCGUGCUGAACGAACCAAAGGAAAAUAAUGAGUAGACAUCAGAUAUCUCAAGAGUACAUGAUCGACUUGUUUCCGAUCAUUUGGAGAACGCCCUCAAUCGUGAACCAUGGAUAACCUAUUUGCAGAAAUUUCUCCGGCACAUGUUUAAUGUGAACAUUUGCUCAAGAAGUAUUACCCAGUCAUUGGGAGGGUAAUUAUUUGGUGAUUUGAUUUGAGUCUCAUUGUUUUGGUAGAUUGAUUGAAAGCUAUAUCAAUCGUUUUUUUGUUGUAACUGAAAGUUAUUUAUUUGCAUCUGUAAAUUAGUAUAUUGUUCAUAGUCUUGUUUUCAGUUUUUGCCAGCUUCAUUAGAAUUCAUGUCUCGCAAUUUUGUUGCACUUGAAGCUAUUUGAAUUGCUGGCCCUUUCAAAGAUAUGUUGUAAAGAUAAUGGUUACUAGAUAACCACACAAAUGUAACAUUGUUUAACUUUUGUA